UUUUUAUUGUUAGGCACCGAAUAUUAUUAAUGUUGGGAGGAAUAACCAUAGUCCAUAAGUCCCACGGGCCACGGCAAUGGCACAAUUAUAAGAUGCACCACGUUCUGUGAACGUUUCACCUUCACUCUGUUUGAAAAAUUUGAUUUUGAUGGAUGCGGCAAAGGGAUUGGAGGCUCCGGGGGAGACCCUUGAAGCGCAAGUCAAAGCCUUUUUCGAUUCAGCUCCUCCUCUGCAGAACAGUGAUGAAAUAACUCAAAAGUUGAAUCAGUUCAUUCAACGCAAUUCUUCUCCAUCAUCAGCGAGGAGAGUUGUUUGUGUGACUUCUGGUGGCACCACUGCCCCAUUAGAACAACGGUGUGUUCGUUAUGUUGACAAUUUCAGUUCAGGUCACAGAGGAGCCACUUCCACUGAGUAUUUUCUGAAGGCUGGAUAUGCUGUUAUCUUUCUGUACCGGAGGAGAAGUUUCCAGCCAUUUUGUAGAUCCCUACCCGAUGAUCCUUUACUUGAAUGCUUCAAGCCCACUAAUGAGUCAAACAUUCAAGUUUGCGAGGCUUAUUCUGAAGCAGUGAAGAGGGCUAUUGUGGAUCAUCAUACUGCAGUGGCAGGGGGUCUCUUGUUGAAACUUCCUUUCAGCACCAUAUUUGAGUAUCUCCAGAUGUUGCAAAUGAUUGCUAUGUCAAUGAGAUGUAUUGGUCCACGUGCAAUGUUCUAUCUGGCUGCUGCAGUGUCUGACUAUUAUGUUCCUUGGAAGGACAUGGUAGAGCACAAAAUUCAGUCAGGAUCUCACCUCUUGGAUGUGAAACUAGUUCAAGUACCAAAAAUGUUGUCGGUGCUCAGGCAAGAUUGGGCUCCUCUGGCUUUCUGCAUAUCUUUCAAGUUAGAGACAGAUUCAAACAUUCUUCUAAAUAAGGCUGGUGGGGCUCUUGAAAAGUACAAGAUGCAUGCAGUUGUUGCAAAUGAACUCAACACUCGCAAGGAGCAAGUGGUGGUUGUAACUAGUGCUGAGAAGGUUACCGUUCAGUGUGAUAAGAGUCGGUCUGAUAAUGAUGUAGAGAAUCCCCUGAUUAAACUUCUUUCGGAGAAACAUGCCACUUACAUUGAGGAUUCCGGUAGAUGAGUCUAGGGAAUGACUUUGGCUUCUCCCGUUUCAGUUCCGGACACUACCACACAUUGCAUCAAUAAGUCAUGAUCAUGAAUAAAAAGGAGAAUUAGACAGUAUGAAUACAGGAGCUAAAGAAGAAAAGUAACGUGGCAGAAGACGACAGUUCUAACCAUACCAUUGACAGACUUCGGCUAUAUACGAACUUUGUAUUUUACUUCGUGUGAUUCUUCUCAUUGUUAAUUGGGCUACCCCUUUUGUCAUAUUAAUUUAUAAUUUAUACCAUUAUAUAAAAAAUGAUAUCUCUUUCACUAACAAC